AUGAAAAAAAAACCAAAUUAUUCUGAAUUUGAUGUUGAAAAUUAUCGAUCAUCUGCAUGGUGGCAUCAUCGCUUGUUUAAUAUUGCCUUGUUCUUCCUUAUAUUUUUAAUAAUCUUGGUAGUUAUUUUCUCGCUGUUGUGGUUAUUCGUUUUUACAACACCAAAGAAAUCGAACACUACUACAGUCACUGCAUCAUCAUCGUCUGAAACAACAACAACAUCCACAUCUUCACAGACAACUUCGACAUCAACGUUAACAACAACAACUACAACUCAACAAUCAGUAUGGUCUUAUACUGGUAAAAUGAACAAUGCACGACAGGCACAUACAACAUCUGUACUAAAAAAUGAUCGAGUGUUAGCUGUUGGUGGAAUUAGUCAUGAUGGCUUUCUCAAUAGUUCUGAAAUCUAUAAUGCUUCAACGGAGACUUGGACAAUGACUGGUCACAUGAAUAAUGAACGGUGCGAUCAUACAGCAUCGAUAUUAUUAAAUGGAAAAGUGUUAGUUACUGGCGGACGUAAUAAUUUAAGUGAUGCUUUAAAUAGUGCUGAAUUUUUUGAUCCAUCAACAGAAAUGUGGAUAUUGACGGGUAGUAUGAAUUAUCCACGACAAAAACACCGAGCAUCAUUAUUACCAAAUGGAAAAGUGUUAAUUAUGGGCGGAAUGAAUGCCAAUGGUAGUCUCAAUAGUACUGAGUUAUAUGAUCCGUCAACAGGAAUAUGGACAGUGAUUAGUAGCAUGCACGAUAGACGAUCAGCGCAUGCUGUAUCCGCAUUUUCAAAUGGAGUUGUCUUUGCUUUUGGUGGAUAUAAUGAUAGUAGUUAUAUAACUAAUGCUGAAUGGUAUCAUCAAGCAACAAGAUGGACAACUGCUACUAGUAUGACUUAUACACGAAUUCGCCCAACAGCAUCUAUAUUAAGGAAUGGAGAAUUUUUAGUUGUUGGCACCAGUGUAGAUAGUGGUGAUUCAAGUGGUGCUGAAUUGUUCAAUCACCUAACAGGAACCUGGUCAAUGACUAGUAGAAUGAAUCAAAUACGAUCCGACCAUACAUCAUCUCUAUUAAUAAAUGGAAAACUUCUGGUGACUGGUGGAUUAGCAAGUGGUAUCGGUUCUCUAGAUAGCACUGAAAUGUUUGAUGUAUCGACUGGAAUCUGGACAAAUGUUGGUAGUAUGAAUGAUGGACGAUACGAUCAUACAGCAUCAGUAUUAACAAAUGGAAAAGUAUUAGUUAUCGGUGGAUUUAAUAAUGAUAUUGGUAUUCUAGAUACUGUUGAAAUAUAUGAUUCAGUUAUAGGAAGUUGGAAACCAACUGGUAGCAUGAAUGAUGGACGACUGUUACCUACAGGAGUGUUGCUAUCAAAUGGCAAAGUUUUAGUACCUGGCGGAUGUAAUAAUGAAGUUUCUCUAGCCAGUACUGAGCUAUAUGAUCCAUCAACAGGACUUUGGACAACUACUGGUAGUAUGAAUUAUGGACGAUGUGAUCACACAGUAUCCGUAUUACCAAAUGGAAAAGUAUUAAUCACUGGUGGACAAGGAAACGGUACCGAACCUCUAAAUAGUUGUGAGUUGUAUGAUCCAUCAACAGGACUUUGGACAAUGACUGGCAAAAUGACAUAUAUACGACAACAGCACACAGCAUCCCUAUUCGCAAACGGUACUGUAUUAGUUACUGGUGGCUUUAGUAAUCAUACGAUCUUGAAUAGUACUGAAUUGUAUGAUCCAUUAACGGGAAAUUGGACAAUUAGUAGAAGCAUGAAAAGGGAACGAAGUCGUCCAAUACAUGUCAUAUCUCAGUGA